AUGGCCGUCGCCCGUAUCCAGUCCAUCGCCAACCACCUCUCGGGCAAGGACAACAAGUCCAAGCUCCUCGCCAAGAACCCCGAUGACAUCGUCGUCACCGUCGCCAAGCGUACUCCUCUGUGCAAGGCCCGCAGGGGUGCGUUCAAGGACGCGUCGUCGGACGAGCUCCUCAUCGAGACCAUGAAGGCUGCGCGUGAGAACAUUGGCAUCGACCCCGCUCUCAUUGGCGACAUUGUCGUCGGCACCGUCCUCACCCCCGGUGCGCCCUACGCCGCCCGUGCUGCGGCCCUCACUGCGGGCUUCCCGUGUGCUCCGUUUGAACUUUUGCUGACCCUCGCGCCAGCCGACACCGUCCCCGUCCAGAUUGUCAACCGCUUCUGCUCGUCGGGCCUGAUGGCCAUCCAGUCCAUCUCCAACGCGAUCCGCAACGGCGAGAUUGAGAUUGGCCUUGCCGUCGGAUUCGAGGACAUGUCCAACAACCCCGACGACGGUGCGCCCAAGUACGCUGCCGAGACCAUGGCGCUCCCCGUGGGCCGCGACUGCACCAUGCCCAUGGGCUGGACGUCGGAGAACGUUGCGGGCGAGUUUAACAUUUCGCGCGAGGCGAUGGACGCGUGGGCCGCGCAGUCGAUGCAGCGUGCCGAGGCCGCGCAAAAGGCCGGCAUCUUUGAAGCCGAGAUUGUCCCCGUCACUGUCCCCCAGAAGCAGGCCGACGGCUCGGUCAAGCACGUCAAGGUCACGCGCGACGACGGUAUCCGUGCCGGCACCACUGCCGAGGGUCUGGCCAAGAUCAAGGGCGCGUUCAAGCAGUGGCCCCCUACCCAGACCACCGGCGGCAACGCGUCGCAGAUCACCGACGGCGGCGCGUUUGUCCUCCUCAUGACCCGCCGCAAGGCCCAGGAACUCCACCUCCCCAUCCUCGCAAAGCACAUUGCCACCGUCACCUCGGGCCUCGCUCCCCGCAUCAUGGGUAUCGGACCCUCCGUCGCCAUCCCCAAGCUCCUCAACCAGCUCGGCCUUACCACGAACGACAUUGACCUCUACGAGAUCAACGAGGCCUUUGCCUCCAUGAUGGUCUACUGCGUCGACAAGCUCGGCCUCGACCCCAGCAAGGUCAACGUGAACGGCGGAGCGAUCGCCCUGGGUCACCCCUUGGGCUGUACCGGUGCUCGCCAGGUCGCCACAGUCUUGAACGCGGCCAAGAGCCGUCCUGAAGCAAAGCUUAUUGUCACCUCAAUGUGUAUUGGUUUAGGGAUGGGCGCGAGCUCGCUGUUUUAUAACGAGCAGGCGCUUUGA